AUGACUGGUAACGUAUUCUUUAUUAAAAGCGAACUCAACGGACGUGUCUUAGACGUAGAAGGUGGUGCUACAGAUGAUGCUGCUAGAAUCAUCGUCUAUAAGCAAAAAUCUAGUGACAAUCAAAACCAAUUGUGGAGAUAUGAGAAUGGUUACUUUAUUAAUGUCAAGUCUGCCAAAGUCCUUGACAUUAAAGGCGGUGAAAUGAAGCCAGAAUCGAGCAUCAUCCAAUACUCUCAAAAGAUGGCUCAAGAAGCUGCUAAUCAAAGAUGGCGUAUUGAUGAACGUGGUUAUAUUUCACCUGAGGCUCGUCCAGAUUUGGUUUUGGAUAUAAAAGGUGCCAAAGAUGAUGAUGGCGUUCCCGUUAUCUUAUACGGAAAACGCGAAGGAAACGCUGCUUCAAACCAGCGUUGGCGUUUGGAAUACUCCUCCGGUUAUUAA